AGCGGGUACUGGUUUAAUUUAUUACGCCCGUUUGACAUUACUAACCUCGUUAUCUGUGUUUUGAACAAGAUGGGCCGAGAUUAAUUUAACUGCAUACCUAAUCAUAAUAAUGAUAUCAUCGUAAAAUGUUUGUAAACAAAACGAAAAGAUAGAAAAGAUCUAUUGUACGCUCAUUAUUUUUAAUUUGUCUAUUCAUUAUUGUAUUCGAUAAUUUGAUUUUAGUGGUAAGUGAAUCAGCAGUUAGGUCGAUCGCCACAUUGAAAUAUGGUAGCGUAUAAAAAGCGCUUUAAUGUCGCAAAAAAGGUGCGCGCGAUUCAUCUCGGCCGGCGAGGCUAAUGGCGGCCACAGUAGGCAGCAGUCAGUGCCGAGCCGUCCGCCCGCAUGCCCACGCCGCGCCGACUACUCACCCCGCGGUGGUUCCGCUCGCGGCGCUCCCCCAACCCCGAGGAGCUCGAUGAAAUCCGCUCCAGGACCCUCCCGCGCAGCGACAUGGACCGCAGGCCUCGCGUCGCCCGCGUCCUCAGCUCCCCGGCGCGAACCCAACACCAAACCAGCCCACCUCCAGAUGAGGAAUCCCUCGAAAGGGCCUUCCCCUCCAUGGGACACCUGGAAUACGUGCUCGCCGGUUCGUCACCGCCCGCCGAAAGCGCACCGAACAUGUACGACAGCUUCGAAGAACCACCCCUGGACCUAACUGCGCAUAUCUGCGGUGACUCGUUGCGUCAGAGCGCCCAUGAGCAAAUGCGAGCCGUAGGUGGACGCCUCCGCCUUUUGGAUGAACUGGAGACUGCUGUGAUAACACCUGAAACGGUAACCAGCACCUUCUCCACCGCCUCUGAUGCGGAGAAAAACGUGUGUCUAUUUUGGGCGGCAUUCCUCAAGCUUGCUAAUUUGCUGCCGCCCCUCAUCGAAGCCGGCGCCGAUCCAUUAUACUUUGACGCGCUAGGGCUGUCGCCGUUGCAUGUUGCCGCGUUUAGUGGAUCCACGGAAUGUGCAAGUUACCUGCUCUCGUGUGGAAGUGACCCCAAUUAUAUGCCGCGAUGUUUCGCUCCACUUCAUUGCGCCGCUUUUGGAAAUUCUGUGCAAGUGGCUAAUUUACUAAUCAGUCGCGGGGCAUCAGUACACGCUGCAGUGAAAUACGUCAACUGUGAAGGUGGCUUGCUUCAUUGUUCAGUGAGAGCGAAUUCAGUGGAAUGUCUAAAAUUGUUUAUAUCUCAUGGUGUCGACGUGAAUCAAAUCGAGCCUGGUGGCACUAAUGCUAUUCAUCUUGCUGCGGAUUUGGGUAUGACCCAGUGCUUGUCGAUAUUAUUGGAAAAUCCUGGGGCUGAUGCAAACGUGAGAACGAGAGUCGGAGAUAGAGAAUCAACAGCGUUACAUUUAGCUGCAGACGGCGGUUUUGUAGAUUGCGUCGAUUUGCUACUGUCUAAAGGUGCCGAUGCCAGUUUGAAGAAUCAUAGGGGCUUUACAGCCUUGCACUUGGCAGCUCGUUCGGCAAGUUUGGAGUGCGUAGAAUCCCUACUCAGGAAAGGAAAUGCAGAGCCUAACGCAAUGGAUUUUGAUAUGCGUACACCUUUACACGCCGCUAUAGGAAAAUCUGAUUCAGCUUGCGAUAUCAUAGAAACCCUCAUAAGUUGGGGAGCGAAUGUGAACCAAAAGGAUGAAUAUGGAUUUACACCCCUACACUUGGCUGCAUUGGACGGACUGUCCGCUUGCGUUGAGACAUUAAUCUAUCACGGUGCUGACGUCACUACAAGGUCUAAAAAAGGAAAUUCGGCUCUUAACGUAAUCGCUCGAAAAACGCCCGCCUCGCUUGCAAUGAUAACAAGAAAAUUGGAUUGUGCGAUCACACUGCACCAUUCACAAACGAGCAAUAGAGAGGUUGAGCUCGAGCUUGAUUUUCGCAGCAUUCUUCAACACUGUUACCCGCGCGAGAUAAGUUACCUAAAUACUUUUGUUGAUGAAGGUCAAAAAGAAGUGUUAUUGCAUCCACUUUGUUCCGCAUUUCUUCAUAUAAAGUGGGAGAAAAUACGUAAAUAUUACGUAGCGCGCCUUUUUCUGAGUUUCAUAUUCGUUUUAUGCCUGACAUUGUAUGUUUUGACCGCUCUAGCGCAUAAUUGUUACAACGGAAGCAAAGAUAUGGAGGAAACAAUACAAGAGCAAGAAUUAUGUCAAAAACAAUCUAUCCUUGGCGAUCUUUUGAGGAAAAACCCAUUCGUUAUUGAAAUGCAGUGGUGUGUUUUAGCUGGAAUCACCAUUUUUGAAAUAUUUAGAAAGGUUUACGGUAUUGCCGGCUAUUCUACAGUAAAACAAUACCUGAUGCAAUCAGAAAACAUCAUAGAAUGGUUUGUGAUAAUAAGCGUUUUUCUCAUAUCAUACAUUUACACGAACAUAACAUACACAUGGCAGAAUCACGUUGGUGCUUUUGCUGUAUUAGCUGGUUGGACAAAUUUGAUGAUGAUGAUCGGUCAACUACCAGUUUUCGGGACCUACGUUGCUAUGUAUCAGAAAGUGCAAAAGGAAUUCGCGAAAUUAUUGAUGGCUUACUCUUGCAUCCUGAUUGGUUUCACAAUAAGUUUCUGUGUCAUAUUUCCGGACUCGUCAUCCUUCGCGAAUCCGUUUAUGGGUUUUAUAACCGUAUUGACAAUGAUGAUUGGGGAGUUAAACCUAGAUUUGUUACUGAAUGAGCCGGACGGAAAUGACCCGCCUGUUCUCUUAGAAUUUUCUGCGCAAGUCACAUACGUAUUGUUUCUCUUGUUUGUCACAGUAGUAUUGAUGAAUUUACUGGUCGGCAUAGCAGUUCAUGACAUUCAAGGUUUGAGGAAAACAGCGGGACUCUCUAAGCUCGUUCGUCAAACAAAAUUGAUAUCAUAUAUGGAAAUGGCUUUAUUUAACGGAUAUUUACCUAAAUGUUUGCUAAAGAUACUCCAUUCUUCGGCGCUGGUUUCGCCGCAAGCAUACAGAGUAGUUUUAAGCGUGAAGCCAUUAAAUCCUUCAGAAAAAAGGUUACCAAGAGACAUAAUGAUGGCGGCAUAUGACAUUGCUAAGAUGAGAAAACAAUACGGGCAUACGAUUUCAUCAAAUGGUUCGACUACCGGUGCAUAUUCGUGUUUCAAAAAGUAUGAAAAUAACAAUGACUCAGGGUACAGAGAGUACGGCUAUUCGGGGCUAGGGAGUAUCCAGGCCCGUCUUGACGAAACAUCCGAGAGUGUGCGCCAAUUGACUCAGGAAAUAAAGGAAUUAAAGAAGUUAAUAAGUGCCCAGCAGCUCGUCAUACAGCAGGCUCUAGCUGGCCCGAUGGACAGCCGUUGAUGAUAUAAUGGGCGGCCGAGUCAUUUAGUUUCAAUGCCAACUGUACACAAGUCAAUAAACUAUAGCAAACGAGCAUUGUCGUACAUUUGUACUCGUUUAGGCCCUAUUGUGGACAUAGUGGACUUAAAUCUGAGUGGUGAUAUUUUUUAACUUUACAUUCACUUAGUUGUAAGACUGUAGUGAUAUAAGAUUUAUUUAAUAUUUUUAUCGUUUAAAACGCAGGACGUACGUAUGCUGUGAUUGUAGAAUACACUUGGUAUUAUUAUCGAUUUUGUGAUAUUGUUUAAUGUGACAAUUAAAUUUUUGCAAUCUUAUUUGGACUUUCUUAUUUUUGCGUCAGUGUGAUAUUAUGUGUGCGUAUUUUGUGAUACUCUGUAAUGACAAUAAAUUUUGCAAUCUU